GCCAAAGCCAUAGAUGCUAAUAACCUUUCUUUUAUGGUAGCAGCAGAAUCCUAGGUAGUUGGUCUAUAUUUGUUUGUCUCAGAAUUCUCUUUUAUUAAGUUCCAAAAAUAUAGCACAAUCACUUUACACCAAUAAUGGCUUUUCGAAUACUACACAGGCAAAAUAACUUAAUCAAAAGUCUAAUAUGCAGGAAUCAAUCUUCAGCGCCUUUGUCUGCAUUCGAAAUUCAGCACAAAACUCCAGUCAUUAGAAAACAGACACCAAUACCAGUAGCAUUAUAUGGAGGAAGGAAUGCUGUGACCAUGCUUCCUGGAGGAGGCAUUGGCCCUGAACUUAUGUCUUAUGUGAGAGAAGUAUUCAAAUGUGCUGGAGCUCCAGUAGAUUUUGAAGUUAUUGAUAUUGAUCCUACUGAGGAAACCAAGCAGUUUGAAUAUGCACUCACAUCAAUCAAAAGGAAUGGGGUGGCUAUCAAAGGUAACAUAGAGACUAAAAGUGAGACCACAGGUGUACUCUCUAGAAAUGUAGCCAUAAGAAAUGAAUUGGAUCUCUAUAUCAAUGUGGUUCACUGCAAAUCUUUUCCUGGGGUACCAGCACGCCAGAGCAAUGUUGAUGUUAUGAUCAUCAGACAAAACACUGAAGGAGAGUAUGCCAUGUUGGAACAUGAGAGUGUUCAUGGUGUAGUUGAGAGUAUGAAAGUUGUAACAGAAUCUAAUUCUGAAAGAGUUGCUAGAUAUGCAUUUGAGUUUGCUAAAAGACAUGGCAGAAAGAAGGUUACCACCAUUCACAAAGCAAAUAUCAUGAAGAUUUCUGAUGGUCUCUUCUUGGACACUGCUAAAAGAGUAGCUCUUGAAUAUCCUGAAAUUGAGCACAAUGAUAUGAUCAUUGAUAAUUGUUGUAUGCAAUUGGUAUCUAGUCCACAACAAUUUGAUGUUAUGAUGAUGACAAACCUGUAUGGAAGUGUUGUAUCUAAUGUUGCUUGUGGCUUGAUUGGAGGAGCAGGCUUGUUAUCUGGAAGAAAUUAUGGUGAUCAUUAUGCAAUCUUUGAACCUGGUACCAGGAAUACAGGAACAGCUAUUGCUGGAAAAAAUAUUGCUAAUCCAAUUGCAAUGUUGAGUGCUUCCGUUGAUAUGCUGGAACAUUUAGGACAUCAACUUCAUGCUGAUCUGAUUCGAGGUGCUAUGAGCAAAACAAUAUCUGAAGACAGAAUACACACUCCUGAUUUGGGUGGAACUGCUAAAAGUACUGAUGUUGUUCAAAGAAUCAUUGACCACAUCUACAAGUCUGACAUCAGACCUUGCAUUUAAAUGAAGCUUUGGAACUUCAAUUUUGACCGAUACCUCUACUGCUCUCUUCGAUGAGAAUGAUUUAACUAGGAUAGAUCUCCAGACAACAAGCUGCAACCUUCUGCGGGUUCUAGGAGAGCCAAGAUAAAAACAAUUUAAGAUCUCACAGAAGAUGCAAAUCUCUACUCAACAUAUAUAAAUGCUUUUAAGAUAUGAUUUACACUUAAAUUAAAAUAUAUUUAUAACUUA